GACCAACUUUUCCUACCAGUAUCCACCUACCCUUCGGAUUCAGCCGGGAAGGAGCGAGGAGUUCAAGCGCCCACACCGAGAUGCAGAGUACGGCCAUCAGAUUGGGGAGUUGAACUUCUGGAUGCCGCUGACUGACUACAACAUGACGCAGGCGACUCUCUGGGUGGAAUCCAGCCCGGGUGCAGAAGAUUUCCAGCCCUUGGCCAUCAAUCACGGCAGCAUUGCAGUGUUCCAUGGCACACUCUGCAGGCACAAGGUGCCCGCGAACACCUCUCCCUUCACCAGAGUUUCUCUGGACUUCCGAAUCGGUAUUGGGGACUUCUUUGACAGCAUUCUGGGCAUUGAAUGGUGUCGCUCUGCUGAGGAGAGGUUGUCCAGUGACGUUGAUGCAGACGGAGCUCCUCUCCUCGUGGCUGGUGCCUUGCAGCUCACGGCUUGGACGGAGAGAGCUGUCACCGGCCGCCACACGCGACCUUCACCUCACUGCGGAAAAGCGAGUCGAAGUUGUGUAGGUGUUUGGCCGGGGUCUCAUGCCCAUUUGCGCCGAGAGCUGGCCCUGAAGAUCUGUGACGCUGGAUCCGUCACGAUGCUGCAGCGCUUUGCCGCGAAGGAGCUGCCUUGCGAGGAGCUUGGCAAGUCCCAUCCCUUCGCGGCACCGUGGAAAGCUGAAGGCCAUGUCCUCCAGAUGCCAAAGCACCGGGGCAAGCACUGUGCUGGGGACUGUGUCAUGCUGCACCCACAUACUGCCCAUGCAGCAGCGCCCAGAUAUACCCCCAGCGGCAUACGGAUCAUGGUCUAUUUUCGGCUGCGUGCAACUCCAGCGAUGGCGAGACCGGAGCCAGAUGAUGAAGCAAGCGAAUCCUGUCGGCAGGUCUUUUUCGAUCUGCCUGGAGUCGCUUCUGCUCUCGACGAGAGCCGGUGGUCAGAUUUCCUGCGUGCAGCUGACAGCCGCGCGGACAUACAAAAAGAACAUCUGCAUUCCGCAUGCUUCCGAGACAAGAGCCCAAGUCCGGAAGUUGGUUGA